CUACAGGGAACGCUUUUUUUCCUUUCAGACCAUGCCUUGGUUGAUCAUGUUAUCCAGACAAAUGUUGUUGUGGACGAGUUUGAAUGCCAGUUAAAAUGUAUGGGAAAUAACAGCUGUAAGUCGAUCAAUGUUCAUCGCGGUGACAGCAAUGGAAAACUUAGCUGUGAGUUGAAUAAUAAAACACGGCAGAUGAAGCCAGGUCAUUUUAAAAAGAAAAAAGGAUCUACAUACUAUAGCUCUGUUCAGGUGGGUUCUAGGUUGAGCAGGUUUGUUGAUAACUUUCCUAUGUAAUUCACUGCCAAGAACAAUGUUUCGGAACUACUGCUAUAUACUAAUGAAAACUGGGAGAAUCAAUUGUUAUUGGCUUAUAAAUAGGCGUUCACUUCGUAAACAGAACACCAGACAGUUAAAAAUCUCGGGAAAACUUUUCUCCAAGCGAGUCUUAGUUAUCUUCAUCAUUUUGCAAUUCCCGUUUUGCAACAACGCGAGAACCAAAAGGUUUCCUUUCUGCUUGUAUAGCGUGUUCCGAGUGUUGACAUUAGUGUAAGGGCAACGUUGUUUUUUGAAAACGCACAUUAAGCGUCUGAAUACUGAUAACGAGAAAACAAGCUUUGUUUACUCUGAACAACGAUCGAAGGCAGAACGUGAAGAAAAAAGUUCACCUUUCUGUUUUACUAAUCAGGCCUCCUGCUUGGAUAUUUCUCGCGGGCGAAAACAAACAACUAAAAGCGGCCAGUGUCAUCCGGAAUACAAAGGAAAACAUUGUGAAACACGUAAGUGGUGAGACUGUUCUAGAAAAGUUCUACUUUAGACGUUGUUAAACGAAAUACAUGACUAUUAAGUGCUAUGAGGAUAGUGUGAAUUUUCAAUUGAAAACUCCUUUUAAAACCCAUUUCUGAAGAUAAAUGCGGACAGCCAUGUGCAAGUUUGCGCAUAGCUUUUUUCCCUUUUUUCAGCGUCUUAACUGGUGUGUGAGGAUUAAUAAACCCAUCAAGAUCAAAGCUCAUUUCCUUUUCAGCUACCAGAGGCUUAUAUUUCAAUCAGCCUGGUAAUUCCUGUAAGGACAUCCGAAAUUAUUUGGUAAUUGACCCUAAACCACGACAUUAAAGAAUAGUACAUAUUUAAUUUCGCAGCUGUACCUGGCUGGUCUUCCCGUCAUCCUGCUCUGUCCUGCAAGCAGAUUUUGGAAGCUGGGAACUCUAAAGGAGACGGAGAGUACUGGAUAGACCCUGAGAAAAAUGGAAGUUCUUUAAAAGUAUUUUGUGACAUGACAACUGAUGGAGGUAAGCACUGUAAAUAACUCUUUUCUGCAAUAUUGGCCGUGUAUAGAAAAGCAAAGCUGCAGGGGAAAACCGUCGGGGUGUUUGAGCCCGAGGAAAAAAAAAACAAAACAUACUGCAAAAUAAUUAAAUACAGAAAAAACAUUCAAAGAAUGCUACUGAAAAACGUGGACAAACGAAAACAUUUGCGUUAGGGGAGGAGUUUAAGGUGAGGCCCGCAUUUCAAGUGAAAGUUUCAAAAGGCUGGAGCCAAACACUUGCAGAGUAGUACGAACUGAAAUAAAGAGAAAAACUCCAGCUCGUGGUCGAAGCAGGGUUUCAAUCUGGAGCCACUGAGGUCAUAACAAGCGAGCAAAACUAUUCUGCUAUCUUGUCUUCUCUAAGUAGAUAAGGCCGAUAGGGGGGAGAGACCAUACCUUUGCGCCGUGGUGCAAUGGCAUAACUCGAAGUAGCCUACCUUUUUAUUGUAAGAACAACAGAGGGUCAUGGAAGACAUGAUUGCGGUCUCCCAAGAAAUGUGAUUCUCAUUUUCUUUUUUAAUUUCUGGCAGGAGGCUGGCUCCUGAUCUAUAACGUUAUUGCUGGAGGAACUGUGCCCCCGACCAACUUGACCAUUGAAAAGACAUAUACAGGAGUCAGUCGUUACAGAAACAACAGAAUGGUUAUCUCUCCUGACGGUAUGCGAGAGCUGAGAUCCCGCGUAUCUUUCACUCAGCUGAGAUUCCACUGCCGUAAACAGCAACAUGGACGAACAUUUCAUGUCAAAACGGCCGCGAACAGCUUUGGUGAAGCCGUAGCGGGGUUUUUCGGCGGUGAUACUGACGUUAUUCCCAAAGCCUGUGGUUCAUUUGAGAAACUGAAGGGAGACAACUCAGGCCUUGCAAGUAAAUGUGCAGAAUGGGGGUCGGAAAACGGCGUGUAUAACGUUGGAAAAUGGGGACAUGAAGGGCUGAAGGGGUUGCAUUUGCACCCAGCAUUCAUUGCAUAUUACCAUCAUUGGGUCACGUCGCCAGUCUAUGACAGAUGGGAAUGUGAUGACGCGGCGAAAGAUUUGUCGCGCGGUGACUUUUGGAAAAUUUAUGUCCGUUAA